AUGGAUGAUAGAGAUAGAAAGAAGAUGAAAAUGGAUAAGGAAGAAGACGAGAAGAUGGAGAAGCUGUACACAUUGCUUAAAAAUGCAAGGGAGAUGCGGAAGCACGUCAUCAGCUCUAUGGAGAAGAAGAGACUGGAAGAAGAAGAAAGAGCGAGGGUUCACAGAUUCCCUACGUUUCAGCCAGAGGAUUUCAUUUUCAAGAAUGAAGCAGAGGCCAAGAACAAUGAAAAUGCAGCAGGUAGUGCAAGCUCUUCAGCAUCUAACAAAGAGAAAGAGGAAGCUGAGACUAACGUUUGUUUAGACUUAAUCUUUCUCUGUAGCUGA